AUGGCCAGCAUUGAUGAUAUUUUCAAGCUAACCAGUGGCGCCCGCACAGAUGAAAUCUACAAAUCCAGCAAACUCAGCGCCAAUAGUUCAAACCGCCGCGCCCAUGUCCAAGACCAACCCAACGACGAUGACGAAGCCGGCCCACAGCCUGGCGACGACCAUGAUUUCGGGCCCUCCAUGCCGCCAGACGAUGAAGACGAAGAUGGAGAUGAUGAGGAAGGUCGCUUCUUCGGCGGUGGUAUAAGCAAACAAGAAUCACAAAUUCUCGAUUUUGUCGACGAGGCAGGCGAGGCGGACCAGGCCCCAGACAAGAUUGACGCGACAUGGUUGCGCAAGACGGUCCUAAACUUUGAAAAGCACAUUACCAAGAACGCCGAGCUGCGAGCGAAAUACGAGAGCGAUCCCCAAAAGUUCAUAAGCAGCGAAGCCGAUCUAGACGCCGCUAUCAAGGGUCUUUCCAUCCUAUCGGAGCAUCCAGAGCUGUACCCAGACUUUGUAAAGUUGGGCUCCGUCAACAGUUUAGUAGGCCUGCUAGCCCAUGAAAACACAGACAUUGCCAUUGAUUCCAUAGAAAUUAUCGGCGAAUUAACCGACGAGGAUGUGUCAGCCGAAGAUGAGCAAUGGAAUGCCCUAGUGGACGCAUUAAUCGAGGCAGACCUCGUGGGACUCCUCGUCUCCAACUUUUCACGACUCAACGAAGACGAUGAAGCGGACCGCAACGGCGUUUACUACGCUCUCGGAAUAAUCGAAAACCUCUGCUCCCGAGCCGCUACAGCCACUCGAGUAUGUCAAGACGACAGUCUACUAAAGUGGCUACUGCAACGAGUCCAGCGCAAAGAAUCUCUCGUGACCCAAAACAAGCAAUAUGCAGCUGAAAUCCUCGCCAUUCUAGCUCAAGCAUCCCCGGAAAACUGCCUACAACUCUCUAACCUUGACACAAUCGACAAGCUCCUGCAGCUAGUCGCUACUUACCGAAGGCGAGACCCGGACAAGGGUGGCGAGGAGGAGGAAUUCAUGGAGAACCUCUUUGAAGCAUUAACGUGUCUCGUCGACCAGCCCUCCGGCAAAACCAAAUUCCUGGAUGCAGAAGGCGUAGAACUAUGUUUAAUCAUGCUGAAAGAUGGGAAAAUGAGCAAGGCACCGGCACUACGGCUACUGGACCACGCGGCGGGGGGUGCAACCGGUGCCGAAGUGUGUCUGAAGAUUGUAGAAGCGGGUGGUCUCAAGGGCAUAUUCACAUUAUUCAACAAAACUCAGGAUCAUCGGCUGUUGGGUCAUCUGAUAAGUCUAUUUGCAUCCAUGUUGCGCUUAUUACCCGCUUCCUCGGCCGAGAGGAUACGCACAUUGGCCAAGUUUGUGGAGAAGGACUAUGAAAAGACGAGCAAAAUGGUCAGAUUACACAGAGAGUAUUUCUCACGAGUGAAGAGGGCAGAGGAAGAGUUCGCGCGGCAAGACGCACCAAGUGAGGAAGAGGCCGAGAUUGGGCUGCUCUCGCAGAGACUAGACGCCGGCCUGCACACCCUGCAGCAGAUUGACGUCGCGCUCGCAUGGCUAGUGGCAGAAGACACGGGCGCAUCCAAAAAAAUCAAGCAGCUCCUAGCCGAGCGAGACGAAGACCUCUCCGCCCUCGCGAGCGUCCUAUCCGAACAGCAGCGCGGGCUCGACACCUCGGAAGAUGAUAGCAAGGAUCUCAGCGAGAUGCUGGGCACGCUCAUACAAUUCCUGCAGUAG